AUGACCGAAUUCUGUAUCGAUUGCAGCUACUUCCGGUUCAAGGGACAGUUUUACCAACAAGUCUUCGGCACAGCGAUGGGCAACCCAUUAUCACCCACCAUCGCGGAUCUAGUGAUGGAGACAUUGCUAGACAACGUCGUGACGAGAGUGAGCUUCCCGUUCCCAGUGUUGAAGAAGUAUGUGGACGACCUGAUGCUGGCAGUUCCCAAGGACAAGAUCGAAGAGGUGAGAACAAUUUUCAACAGCUACCAUGAGAAAAUUCAGUUCACGGUGGAAGUCGAACAAGAAGGGAAAAUUCCGUUUCUAGACUUGCUCUUGGUUCGACAGUCAGACCAAACGAUCAAAACAGAGUGGCAUAUUAAGCCGAUCGCCUCAGGGCGUUUCCUGAAUUACCACUCCGCCCACAGCACAAAACAGAAGGUGAACGUGGCGAACAAUUUCAUUCACCGCGUCAAGACCUUCUCUACCAACGUCGAACCAAGUGCAACACGUGACAUCAUUUUCACCCAACUAAAACGGAACGAUUACCCCACUGCAAUGAUAAACCGCCUCAUCGAUCGAUCGAGGGAACGACAGGUUAACACCACCAAUGAUGACGUCACGAGCAGCGAGGAGAUGAUUUACCGAUCGAUGGUACAUGUAGGACAGUUAUCAGGAAACAUCCAAAAAGUCCUGAGGAAGGACUAUCCGAAUGUCACCAUCAGCUCGAAGAAUGCGAAAACUGUAGGAAAUCUUCUGCCUCCGGUAAAAGACGUUGUGGACAAGAACAGUAGAUCAAACGUGAUUUACAACAUCCCAUGUGCUAACUGCUCCGCGUGCUACGUAGGCAUGACAUCAAACAAACUACAAACGAGGAUCUCCAGUCACCGCUCCUGUUCCAACCGGCUGGAAAACAUGUGGGACCAAGGGAAGACGACGGAGGACGUGGAGGUAGCGCAGCUACGAGAACGAACAGCGCUGCUAGAUCACUCGGCUGCCAACCGCCAUGUCUUCGCUUUCGAUCGUACACGAAUCGUGGAUGCUAGUCUUAAGAAGCAAAACUUACACAUACUAGAAACAUGUCAUAUUAUAAACACACCGAACACAGUGAACAAGCGCACCGAUACAGACAAUCUGAGCAAUACGUACGCCGGCGUACUACACACUUUAAAAAACAAUACACGAAGCCAGGCCGUCCAACAGGCAAACGAAUCGGUACAACAAGAGUUAACACAAACAGAGUAAAAGUGGCGCCAAAACGGGCAACUGCAUCGCUGUUCUGCGACCCGGAUAGUUUUUUCGGAUAUUUUUCGGAUAUUUUAUCCCAUCCAUCCGCCGGCGGCGGCAGAGUAAGUAAAACCAGACGGAAAGUUUACUUGCGCAGCAUGCUUGCCUGGUACUCAUGUGAAUUCUUGUUGUAGCGAUACGUUACGUCUGGGACAAAUGUGGCCUAUGCUGUGGGCUCAUACUGACGACAAAACGGAGCAUAGUUAAUUCCCAGAAGAAGGCGCAAUAUAGCGACCGAAACGUCGGAUGAAAGCUUGAAAAUCCGUUUUUGAGUUAUUCCUCCAAAGACUGAACGCCAUUCCCCUUCCAACAUAAUCACCAACA